AAUUAUUCAUGAGGUGACGUCAUCGCGCACGGCACGUACUUUUAGCUGCGCGUGACAUCAGCACGGGUGAGGCCGGUUCAAACGAGACGGAAAGAAAAUGGCAGUUAAUGUUUAUUCCACAUCUGUAACCAGUGACAAUCUAAGUCGCCAUGACAUGCUUGCAUGGAUCAACGAGUCUCUGCAGCUUAAUCUAACCAAAAUAGAGCACCUGUGUUCAGGUAACGCUUAUUGUCAGUUCAUGGACAUGCUGUUCCCAGGAUCAGUCACGCUGAAGAAAGUGAAAUUUCAAGCCAAGCUAGAACACGAAUACAUCCAAAACUACAAGGUCCUGCAAGCUGGCUUCAAAAAAAUGGGCGUUGACAAAAUAAUUCCAGUGGACAAGUUAGUUAAAGGAAAGUUCCAGGACAACUUUGAAUUUGUACAAUGGUUUAAGAAGUUUUUCGAUGCAAACUAUGAUGGAAAGGACUAUGACCCCGUGGCAGCUCGUCAAGGACAGGAAUCUGCCCCAGCCCCAGUGAUGGCUGCUCCAGUGCUCAACAAGCCGAAGAAACCACUUUCCUCUAUAAAUUCAGCUCCACAAAGGACUGCACCAGCUCAGAGGCCUGCAGUAAAUACAAAACCUGCCCCUGCAAUAGGAAGAAAGACCGCAGCUGUGGGCAAUGGGGAGGAGGAAUCUGCUGAACUAGUACAACAGAUAAAUGUGUUGAAAAUUACAGUGGAAGACUUGGAAAAGGAAAGAGACUUUUAUUUUGGCAAACUCCGAAAUAUUGAACUAAUCUGCCAGGAGAAUGAAGGAGAGAGCGAUCCAGUCUUGCAGAAGAUUAUAGAGAUACUCUAUGCUACAGAUGAGGGUUUUGUCAUACCCGACGAAGGAGUUCCCCAGGAAGACCAAGAAGAAUAUUAAUGCCGCUUUCCUACCAUGCAGUCAUUUGAAAAUUUUUGCCCAAAUCAUGUGCUUAACUGUAAAAUAUCCUGUUUUAUUCUCGGAGGCCUGUAUCUUUGCGCCAACAACUCAGCGCCUCCCCUUUUUUGAAAGUGCACUUUGCCAAAGUUUCACUCAUUUUACAGUGGUUUAACAUUUUUGGAGAAGUCCUCUCAUUUUGUAGCAUGGAAGUGCUUUGAACACCUUUGCUGUGUUCCUUCCAGAAGAAUCUCUUUGAAAGAAGGAAGGGUCAGUUUUUUGAUGUGUGAGGAAAAGUGGAGUUCGAUGAUGCAAAAUGGAGAAGUAGGGAAGAAAAAGCUUAAGACUUCUUAAGAUGGGGUGUUUUUAGGGUAAAAUAGAUUUAUAAAAUAAAAAUCUGAAUUGAUCAUUGUAAUGUGAGGGCAGACGUGGUGUAUAGACUAUAAAAUGCCUUAAGAGGUUUAUAUAUGAUUUCAUAUCUAAACCCAGUGUAAUAUGGCUUAAGUGUUUGUCUAGGUAGAAUAUGCUCAUUCUCAAUUGGGCAGUUUUUUCUUCAGAAACGCCAAGCCCUCUUUAAGGGCCUGGGGGUGAUUGAGAUAUUGUAGAAGGCACAUAUAUUUCACCUCUCUGGCCCUCGUGUGGGUUAUGCUUGCUAGCACGGAGAUUAACCCAAUCUACUCCUCCUUCUGUAAUACGGGAUUGGUGGUUCAGACAGUUUUCUACCUCCGCUGCCUGCAGUAUAUCGCUCUGUGCGCAAACUACGUAAACGCUCCUUCAUUGCAGGAUCACCUUAUGGCCAAGGGGAAUGGUUGUAAUAACCGUGUUUAAAGAAAAUUUAAAAUACUACUAAAAUGAGAUGAAAUUUACUGAGGCUUAGUGGCAAACCUCUGAAUGUUCAGCAUUUCCCCUGUAUAUUUUUUUUUUUGUUAUUCCUAUUUCUCACCAUCCCCCCUCCUCCCCAACACGUUUAUUUAAGAGCUCAUCCUUUCUAAGUCUUGUACGUAUCUAUUCUACUGUCCUUUCCUGAUCACCUAGGUUCUUCUUGCCUAGAACAGAAUGGCUGGUUUUACAUUUUAUUCAUUGGGUUUUGAUGGUAGCUUCUAAAAGUGUGGGAAUGAAUUAUUAAAGUAAUGCAUGAAAGUAGCCAGGAGCAUAAAAUUCAUAUCCUUUAGUAGUCAGCCAUCAGUCACAUUGCAGUGCUAAACGUUCUGGUUCUACCGUGGCCUUUUAAACCUCCUCCAUCUCCCUACUUUAUUUUAUUUAUUUUUGUUUUUCUUCCUUCUACUCCAAUUCUUUCAUUUUAUUCUGUCUCUCCUUUCUCAAUUUUUUUUUUUUUUUUUUUUUUUUACUUUAUGCCAUUUCUAAAUAAAACUUCUGUAUUUCAAGA